AAGCUCGUCUUAACGUCUCCGUGUUUGUCCUUGCAGACUACAGCAUGUACGAGAGAGCGGCUCUGGUGAAGAACAGCAGGCCCGUGAUGGACAGCGCGGCUCUUCUAACACACCGCAGGAAGAGAACCAACUUCACCCAGCAGCAGAUCGAGGUGCUGGAGAAAGUCUAUUCGGACACCAAGUACCCGGAUAUUUACCUGCGGGAGAGACUGGAGGUGCUGACUGGUUUACCUGAAUCUAGGAUCCAGGUAUGGUUUCAGAACCGGCGUGCCAAAUCACGGCGUCAGGUUGGAGGUCUGGUUCCUGUGAAGACCAAAGCAAGCGUUCCCAUCAUCCCAAACAGACCACCGGCUUCGUACCCGCUUCAACACGAGCAGCUGGGGCAGGAGACCAGGGGCAAGUUCACUCAUCCGGGCCAGGAGCUGAGAGACGUCUUCUCUCAACCACACCGAGGCUACGACUCCAACUCCAUGUCCUGCUUGUUCAGUCAGGCUAGCGAUGACCAGAUCCGAGUGGAUCAGGUGAAGAGAGACGGCCUGCGCGACGUUCAUCGGUACCACAGGACAAGCGGACACGUUUCAGCGCAGAGCAAGCCCGAGCCCUCGGUGAAGCCCAUAUUGGUGGACUAUGACAAUUUCCCUCCUAACAGAACCAUCGGCCCGGACAUGAGAGUGGUCAUCCCUCCAGUCCCGACGCAGGUGAACUUCAUCCCGAACCGGUCGCCACCGACGAAGAUUACCCGUCCUCUGCAGCACACGCAAGUCAGAGUGCCACACGACAGCCUGGGUCAUUUUUCACCCAUCGGCAGCAGCGACACGGGAGAUUUUUCAGAUUCUGACUCCGACUGGGAGAAAGAAGCCCUGGCUGGGUUUAACGCUUUCAUAUAAUUAGUUCGAUUCCCUUUUCAGCGAAUGUGUAUAAAAAAAAAAAAAUUUUUUUUUUAAAGAUUUUCAAAUCAAUUAUUUAUUUUAUAAAUAGUUGCAC